AUGUUUAAGAGGGGAUGUGGUAGUUCAUCUAGAGCGAGAUUUCACAUCACCCUUGGUCUCCCCUUGGGGAUUAUGAUCAACUGUGUUAAUAAUACAGGGGCCAAAAACCUGUACAUCAUCUCUGUCAUAGUCCGUUCAAAUGUCUCUUGAUGCCUAUGAGCCAUUCUUGUUGGUGACAUGAUCAUGGGAACUGUAAAGAAAGACAAACCAGAGCUCAGGAAAAAGGUGCAUCCAGCAGUAGUGAUACAGCAACGGAAAGCUAACCAGAAUAAAGACUGGGUGUUUCUCUACUUCAAAGACAAGGCAGGGGUGACAGUAAAUAACAAAGGAGAAGUGAAAGGCUCUGCAAUCACAUGCCCUGUUGCCAAGGAAUGUGCGGAUCUGUGGCUCAGCAUCGCCUCCAAUGCUGGGAGCAUUGCAUAA